AUGCAAACGCAGAGUCCAGUGAAACCACCAAAGAAGGAGGGCCAAUCAGAGACGGAAAAGACCCUACGACCCACGCCUCGGCCUGAUGCCAUGAUGGCUGCCUCUCCAGCGUUGUCCGAUCUAAGCAUUGCUAUAGUGGUCGCCGUUGCGGGUCUGCUCGUCACUGCAGCGUGCUGCGUCAUGUGUUACGGAUGGCGCAAUAGGAAGAGGGGAGGAGUGUACCAGCUCGGUGUGACACAGGAGCCCUACUCCCACCGUUUCGGUGACACGGAUGACGACUGGUCCUCGUCAGCCUCAUCAGAACAGCCACAUGACAUCGAGGAGGGUGAUGGGUCGAGAUCGAGGGAGAUGGAUCUCCUGGGGGAAGAGGAAAGACCGACAGGGCCUUCGGGACGAGGUGGGAUGGACUUUGCAAGGGUGCCCAUUGAGCUCUGGGAGGACCUCCGUCGGUGUCUGUCGAGGGCACUUCGGGAGAAGAGGGCAGCGAGAGACGAGGCAGCGAAGUCGAGGGAGGCCCUGAAGGGCUAUAAGCAAUUGGGCGAUCUCGAGUUCCGGAUUGCAAAGUUGAAGGCUGAGAGGAUCGAACUUGUGCGGGACAGAGCCAUCAUAGAGUCUGAUUGGUCCUCACGCUACUCCUUGGUGAAACGUUUGAAUGCUGUACUGGCUGAGUCCCAAGAUUGGUACAAGUCGUUGGAAGGCCUGUCCGAUAGGGUGGUCGUGGGAGAGGGGCUACGACGAAAGCUUGAGGUGGGAAUGGCUGCUGUGGAGGGGAGAGCUCCGUCGGUGGGGAUCGAACCUGCGACCUCGACGUCGAUGAAGGCGUGCAAGAUGGUCUAUCGCUCUACCAAACAGACUAGUGGAAGGCUAUACGUUGUCAUUGUAUGGCACCACUUGUGUCGUCAUCAUCAUCAUCGUCCUGAGACGAAGCUGCAGCAAGCUAGCUGCCCUCAUGGUGGAACCUUCAUCGCCCCAGAGGGUCUCCUAGAUGGGUACUGUCCCCCUCCUCCUCCUCCCCGUCUCCACUACUCUAGUCCUGUCCUCAGUGGUACUGUGCUGGCGAGGGCACUGCUUGAGGGAGUCCAUGAGGGUCUCUCGUCCUCUCUUAUAUGCAUCAUCACCGAUCUUGAAGGGACGAACCUCAUGGAGGAGAUCGACUUGGCUGAGGAAACGUCUGAUGCUGUUGUCAGUGCUCUGGCCUCGGGCGUGUCCAUGGGAGUGGAAGGGAGGAUAAAUAGUACUCCUAUUGGCAGGGCCCCACCGGUCGAGGCGUGGAUCCCUGUAGUAGUCAAAGAGACUGAGGAUACAGUAGAGGAGUGGAUGAGACUUGAAGUGUGGCUGCUAUCUUUUGAUCGCGGUUUGGUGGUUCUCAGAUUGCUGGACCCCGCCCUUGGGCACAUGUAUACUUUGGGUGUAUGUGUUGAUACCGAUGAUGACGAUAAGAAGGGCCUCAUAGAGACGAUAGCCUCUCGAUUGGUCGGAGUGAAGACGAGGGUCUCUGGUGGGAGGCUGAUCGAUAUCCUCCUGGCCCCUCUGAGUACCACUCUGGAGGGGAGUUCGUUUUCCAACCCUGAGCUCGGAGGCCUAUGGAACAAGUUGUCCAUGUAUCGCGACCGACGGCAAAGGGAUCUUCACGGUGUGGAGGAGGAAUCUCGCGAGGCGGCCAACACCUCUGUGAAGACGACGAGUAUGCUACGGCCGGUCACCGACAUAAGGGCCAUCAUGACUCCUGCUGAGUCGCCCUGUGCAGCAGUGGUGAACAGGCUGAUAUCUUGGCGACCGGCUGACUCUAUCGCCUCCGAGAAUGCAUUACUCCGCCUCUCAGCAGCUCAACGACCGACCACCCCUCUGCUGAUGAUUGACGUGGUGUGUUACGCCCCGAUGACAGGCAAGACCAUCGCUAUCGGCCAGCUGGAAAUGGUUGAGCUCUGUCGGUCGGUGGUCAAAGCCCCUGAAUUCUCAAAGACUGGUGACACGCUAUCACAAGUCGUGAAGGCUGCCAUUGAAGGUAGAUCUUUGAAGAUCCGACCAUGCUUCCCUCCAUCCCUCCUAGUGACUUCAAAGCCGUCCUCCGACUGCUCGCAGCUACUUUGGUGGUCUCCCCAGCCGGAGAAGUGGCUAUCGGCCUCGGAGAAGGCCUUGCCGACUGUUACCAACCCGACACCAUACUCCAACGAUUAUUCUAAGUUUCAACGAAUGGAGGCUGAGAUGAAGGCUAAGGAGGAGGCGGAGUUGGAGAUGGCCAAGAGGGAAGAGGACCUAAGACAGGCCCAAGAACGGUGCCCUUUGGACCAUGAACAUGGCCCCGAGUGUGUUGAACUGAUGAGGUCAGGAGCGUUAGGUGGAUGCUCUCAUGAUCAUCGUAAGGAGCAACAGCUGUACGAUAUGCCCACUAAAGACAAACUACAAGGCGCUGAUACGAUGCGGCAGAAGGCCAAUGAGUACCUUCGAGAAGGCAACUGUGGGUUGGCGGCGGUGUGGUAUCGGAAGGCACUACUCAAUUUCGACUAUUGCUUUCCGGAUUCCAAGGUCGACAGGGAGUGGUUUAACGCUAGCAAGCUGAAAUGUCAUGUUUCUUUCGCAAUCUGCAAGUACAAGCUCGAGGACUUCGAUGAGGUCCUCAGCCAAACACACCAGGCUCUGAAGAUAGAUCAUGAGAACGUGAAGGCUCUGUAUUGGCAAGGCAUGGUGUUUAUGAAGUACAAGGACGAUUAUACACGAGCGAAAAAGUCCCUGUUGGCGGCGUAUCGUCUAUGUCCUACCGAUCCACAGAUCAGGGCUGCGCUCAAUGAGUUGAAGUGCGCAAAGCGAGAGUACGCCUCCAAGACGUCAAAGUUGGCCAAGACUAUGAUUACGCAAAGCCACGACAAGGAGGAGGAGGGCGGGGGUAACUCGGAGGAUGGCGGCCAACCCAUAGAGAGUGUUGUUGAAGAGGAAGAAGUACCCGAGACAUCUCCAGUGGUGGAAAAUGAAUCGUCUACGGGGACUCCUUCGGAAGACCCUCAACCUUCCAGUGUCACCCACGUGGGGGAAAGAACACAACGAGAUAAGUUAGAGAGGUUGAAAACAACAGUGUUGAAGUUGCUGGUCGUAGCAGUGACGAUCUUGAUAGCGUCAUUGGCCUACCUCUUGCAAUCGAUGCGACAGAGAGGUGCUCCGCAGAAGCCUAUUGGUCUCGACUGA